UGCUGGACGGGCGAGUCCUUUUUCAUGAUCCUACGUCAGCGCAUAACAUCGACGACUUCUCUCAUGGCUUACUUUGUGCCCACGAAGCCACCCAAGAUGUAUUGCACACCAACACUGCAAGUGUUAUUGGCGUGUCUGCAGCUUUCCUGCCGUUGCUCCAUCGAGGAAACAUAAAGAGAGGCUGGCCGGCGGAGAAGCUUUUCGACAACUCCACCAAUCGACAACAGCGUGACAAAGCUGUCGAUAUUGAUGCAAAUGAUUUCUGCGCGAGCCAGAUCAUGACAGUUUCCUCUAUCUCUGGCAUUGAACGUCAUGCACUGACGGGAUUGGUAUAUUCGGCGAGUAAAGCGGCAGCGGCACAUGUCGGCAAAGUGUUAUGCACUAUGCUAAUUUCAUGGAAUAUUUGCAGCAAUGUUAUUAUUCCUGGCCUAUAUCCGAGCGAGAUGACGGCGUUUCUGCCAAUGGAUCAUAUUACUGUAUCUAAUACCCCAGCGGGUAGGGCCGGUUCCACCUCAGACAUUGCUGGUGUAGUACUCUAUCUGCUUGGCAAAGCUGGCGCCUUCGUUCGAUGGUAGCUUAUUGCUCACUGAUGGAGGCAGGCUUUCGAUUGAAACCAGCUCCUAUUAUUUUAUCUUCAAACACAGGACUCAUAAGGAUAGGGUUUGAAGACGCGUUG